AUGUUUCGUCUAAGCAGUGGGAGGGCCAUUGCCAGAUCCACCAACAUGGUUAUUGCCAGACGUACUUAUGCGGAAGCCGCUGGUGAUUUUUUGAAGCUACAAUUUGCUCUACCACAUGAAACGCUAUUCGCUGGGUCUAAGGUAACCCAGGUCAACUUGCCAGCCCAGUCUGGUCAAAUUGGUGUGUUGGCCAACCACGUUCCAACCGUAGAACAGCUGGCACCUGGUGUGGUAGAGGUGUUUGAAGGCGCUUCGUCCAAGAAAUACUUCGUUUCUGGCGGAUUUGCUACUGUCCAACCAGACUCCACCCUUUCUGUGAACUCCAUCGAAGCGUUCCCAUUGGAGUCUUUCUCAUCGGAAAACGUCAAAUCCCUUAUUUCAGAGGCCACCAAGAACGCCUCUUCUUCUGACGAAAAGGUUGCCGCUCAAGCUUCCAUUCAACUCGAAGUCUUGGAAAUUCUACAAGGUGCCUUGAAAUAA